AUGACGUCACACAUCCUCAUUCGUGUGCCUGGGUACGAACCCAUGUACAAAUACGAAGUUCAGCCACAAAAGGUUCACGCCACGAACUCUUACCGCUUACCUGAUUCCCAUUUGGUCGACAGCGCGUGGAAGAUGGUUGAUGGAGUUGUCUCGAUUGUUCCCCAGUCAUUCGACGCUACGUCGGCGAGGAAUAACUCUGCGUGGAUGUCGCAAAGGGGGGCCAAGAUAUACUAUGUGGGGCCCGUCCUACCGGUGGGAUCUAGGCGGGCUGCUACGGAGCUCGCUAGUGUUCCCAACAGCGACCGAAUCCAAGUAUUCCUUAGCUCGGUGAUGAAGAGCCACGGCUCGAAAUCAGUGUUGUAUAUCUCGUUCGGAUUAUUCCAAUGGCCCACCGACGAGGAGAAGCUGUUGACAGUGCUGGACGUCAUCGUCGAGAAACGCAUACCCUUCAUACUCAGCCAUCCUCCCCUCGAGCUCUCUGACCAAGUUCGCAAGCGGAUAGACGGGUACGAGCUCGCACUGGCGGCACGCGAGUGUCCGCAGCGAUACAUCCUGAAACAUCCCGCGACAGGCUGGUUCCUCACCCACUGUGGUACCUCCAGUCUUAUCGAAGCCACCCACGCGGGUGUACCCGUGAUUUGCUGGCCGUUCACCGCCAUCGACGCCUUCAACGCGGUCCACAUGGCGGAGAACAACCGCGCCGCGUACGAGCUCUUCGAGGUGCGCACCGGCAUCGGCGCCGGCCGCAUCUACCGCUCCGGGCUCACGCCUUCGGGCACGCCCGCCGCGGUCGCAGCGGAGGCGCGGCGCGUGCUCGAGCUCGCGUUCGGGAGCGACGGCGCGCAGAGGCGCGUGCGCCUCGUGCGCCUCCGGGACGAGAUGCGGGAAGCUUGGAAGGGGGGCGAGGAGGGGGGUGGCGAGAAGGGCGCGUCGCGGGUCACUGCGGAGGAGCUGUUGGCGGACCUGGGGCUGUGA